AUGUCUCAACAGAUUAAAUGCCCAGCUAAAGAGCCAAUGCAUCAUGCAGGUGUGAAUCAAGCAGGAAUAAGAAAACAUAUAUAUUCAUGCAAAGCUUUGAAAAGGAAGGAUGCUGAUACAAUUGUUUACUAAUGCUAAUAUUGUCAAAUUCAUUUUUACCUGUCAAAGUAAGAUCUCGAACAACAUGUAAAACUGUGCAGCCUUUCUUAUCCAAAAAAAAUUGAAUGGAAUGAAAGAAUAAACACUAUCAUCAUCCCAGCUGAUCCUCACUUAAAAAUUAUAGAUCCUAAAGAAGCAUGUAAAAACUGGGAAUACUAUAGAGAUAGAAAUAAAAAAAUGAAGGAAAUGAAAAGACUAAGUGUGUAGCCAUCAUCAAAUACUAGUCUUAAUUCUUAAAACGAUGAUAGCAAUAGAUCUUAAUCUCCAUGCAAAAUAAAUUCACCUAGUAAAAUAAAAAAAUUAAAACCUUCUGAAAGCUAAUAAUGUUAUCCUACUCAGGAACUCUCAUAAGAAGAAAUAUUAAGACAAGAAUAGCUGAUGAAAGAAAACGAUGAAAAAAUUAGAGUUUAAUAUCUUGAAGAGCUUAAAAAUAGAAUCAAAGUUGAUGAUUACUAAGACAACCUAUAUACUAAUUGA